GCGACCGGGCGAAACCAUUCACGACCACCGGAAAAUAUGUAAAGAUUAAUGAGCACCAUACGCAUCCAGAUUCUGGUUUCAAAUAGUAUUACGGGCGUGUAGCUGAAUUAGAUGCUGAGAUUACAAAUCAGGGUAAUUUAGAGUCGGAUUACGCUUCUAAUCGCGGCGUCCACUCUCAUCCCCGCGGAUAAACAGCCAAAGAGGAUGCGGAGAUGAUUUUAUGACGCUGCGAUGGAUACCUGCGAAGAAAUUCAAACACUGACGGGAUUUCGGUUUCAUUCUUGGUCGGUUUAGUCUUAAAUUUAAUCGCAGCUUGUCUUAUUAUUGGCCAUGGUUUUCCUGCGAAGGCUCGUACAGCUGUCGGUGCUGCUGAUCCAGACCGGGUGGCGAGGGGUCUCUCCGAGCCCCACAGAUGAGGGUGCGCUCCGGACCGGCCACGGGGAGCACGGAGAGCCGGGCCACCAGGAGCCUCACAAGGACUCCUACAGCACCUUUGCCUCCGAGUUCCUGGAGUCCAGAUAUCUCUCUGAUGACGGUUAUCCAUUCCCCACUGCCCCACCAGUGGAUCCCUUUGCCAAGAUAAAAGUCAGCGACUGCGGAGUAACCAAAGGCUGCAUAAGAUAUGGGAAGCCAGGGUGUGAUGCGGAGACAUGUGACUACUUUCUGAGUUAUCGUCGCAUUGGGACAGAUGUGGAGUAUGAGAUGAGUGCAGACACAGAUGGAUGGGUGGCCGUAGGUUUCUCCUCCGACAAGAAAAUGGGCGGGGAUGAUGUCAUGGGCUGCGUGCACGAUGAUAAUGGACGUGUGCGGAUUCAUCACUUUUACAAUGUCGGCCAGUGGGCCAAAGAGAUCAAGAGGAACCCGGCUAGAGACGAAGAGGGCAUUUUUGAGAACAACCGGGUGACCUGCCGAUUCAAACGGCCGUUAUAUGUCCCCAGAGAGGAGACUCUUGUGGACUUACACCUGUCGUGGUAUUACCUGUUUGCAUGGGGGCCAGCCAUUCAAGGUUCCAUCACGAGACACGACAUCGACAACCCUCCAGUCAGUGACCACAUGAUCAGUAUCUAUAAGUAUGAGGACAUCUUCAUGCCCUCCACUGCCUAUCAGACCUUCAACUCUCCCCUCUGCUUACUGCUGAUAGUAGCUCUCACUUUCUACCUGCUGAUGGGAACGCCAUAAACACAGCAGAGCACAGAGUGGAGAAAAAAAGGGGAAGAGGAGAUGAAGCAGCAAUAAAAAAAUGUUUUAUCAAAUGCCAUAUUCAAGUGUGCAGUUUGCACAAAGAGGGACUUUAUUAAACAUGGUAGAGUAUAUUCAUUACUCCUGACAAACUAUUAAAACUGUAAAGGUGUCAUAUACUGGUCCAACACAAGAGGUCCAACAAAAGAGUAGUAUUAGUUUUGAAUGGGCCAGUUAUUUACAGUAUUAUUAGUAUUUAUAAUAGCUUCCAUUUAUUAGAAAAAAAAUACACGUCAAUAAAUGAAUCGGAUCUCGGAAGCCUUUAAGAGGCUGCAUGAAAAUCUGGGAAUGAUUUCAGAAACCCACUGUUCACUUGUGACUCAUGUUGAACUUGGCUAAUACACAAAGGUCUUCUGAGGAUCAAAGACAAUAAAAUAGCUCUCACUUCCUGUCCCUUUACCCUGCUGUCUGCAAUUGUAGUUUUCAAGGCAUUAGAAACUACACUGCGCGUUUACCGUGUUUAAGUUAAGGUAAAUUUCUUUUAAAAGUU